AACACCUGAUUGGUCACACCAAUUUCCCCUUUUAAACUGUCCAAAUUGAAAACCAAAAGCCCCGUCAAAAAAUAUAUGCCAUAGAACUUAUUAAGGUCGGCCAUGGAUGCGCCGCCCAGAAACACUGGUGGACUCCACCGCCUUUCUCACCAGAUUUUUAUGCACAUUACCUAUAUAUACCCAAUUUCCCCAUCUCCCCCACCGACAAUUCAUCUUCAAUGCAUCCUCCGUCUUCUUCUUCGCUUUCUCCGACUGCCUCCGAUUCCAUUCCACUUGUUCCGUCUCCUUUUCCGAUCUCACACCAGCAGCCGGUUCCCAAUUCAGUGGCCUUUGAUGCGAUGAUGACGACAAUCGGAGAAAGGGAAGUGGUUCCCCAACCGUUGGAGUGUCUACAAGGGAUACAAAUUCCGCCAUUCUUGUCCAAAACCUUUGAUUUUGUGGAUGACCCGAAUCUAGAUCCGAUUAUCUCAUGGGGUAGCAAUGGGCAGAGCUUCGUGGUUUGGGAUCCGAUAGAGUUCGCCCGAAUAAUCUUACCCAGAAACUUCAAACACAACAAUUUCUCGAGCUUUGUUCGACAACUUAACACAUAUGGAUUUCGCAAGAUUGAUACAGACAGGUGGGAGUUUGCGCACGGAAGUUUCUUGAAAGGAAAGCGGUAUCUUUUGAAGAACAUUCAAAGGCGUAAAUCGAAUCAGUCUACAAAUGACGAAGCAAAUAACCAGUCGAUCGAAGCUGAAGUCGAACGAUUGCGGAAAGAAAAGACGGAAAUGAUGCAAGAAGUUAUCGAGUUACAACAUGAACAGCGUGAAACGCAUCGGUAUAUGGAAUCCGUAAACGAAAAACUCAAAGCAGCCGAACACAGUCAGAAGCAAAUGGUGUCGUUUUUGGGUAAAGUGAUUGGAAAACCAACAUUCUUGUCUUCUUUACGAGCGAAGAAAGAACAGCAGAUUCGUAUUUCGGCUCCGAGAACUGCUCGAAAGUUCGUUGAAUAUCAACCCCAUGAAUUGAUUCCUCUUUCGAAUCUUGAUUUCGGUAUAGAAACCCAUGAUCACGAUUCGAAAGGGAAAACCAUGUUAGAUAUGCAAUCGGAGGCCGGACCGGAGGACUACUUAUCUCCGCCGGCGGAUUUGGUUAAAGGGAAGAAGGUGUUGGAGCCCAUUUCCGGUGGGAUUGAAGACAUUACUGUGAAACAAGAGGAUAUUUGGAGCAUGGGUUUUGAGACGAAUGCAGAGACAUGGACCGAUCUUGGAAACUAUGAGUUGCCGGAGUUUGGUGCCGGCCGUGGCGACUUGUCGGAAUUAUGGAAUUUAGGAACUUCAGGUGGUGAUAAUUGGCAGAGUGAGGAUAUUAGUUUCGAUGAUGAGAUUGGAACGCAACGAUAUCCGUAGGGGUUGAUUUGUGGAUUCCAACUCGUAAAAUAUUGAACGUUUUUAAUAAUUUUUUUUUUUAUUAAACUAGAUUUCGUGU